AUGGCGGACAAAGUGAAAUCGAAGGAAUGUUCAACGGAAGUUACGCUGACCAUUCCUCCUAUCGGUCCAAGGGAAUACAUUCACAACUUGAUCCCACAGAUUAGGCCGGACAUUUUGUCCAGAUACCCGUGUUUGCCGAAAAUUCGUGUUGACAAAAAGAAAUUGGGUGACCCACCGAAAACAUAUCCCAUGAAAACAAUGGGUCCACCAAGUAAAGAUCGACUGUCUCCACUGGUCUAUCCGAAUAAACAUUCAUUUAUGAAGAAACAAAGCAAAAAACCCUACGUGAAAUUAGUGAAUCACACCGUGCAAGAUUGUCUGAGAGCACAGGAAAGACAGAGAGCUGAAGCCGCGCUCAAGUCUGAGUCGGCGGACACAAAAACCACAGAAAAUGCCACGGCUGACAUACCUCAGAAAUGUCUGAAACGUGUACGCAACAAUGUGAAUUGGGUCACACGAAACGCAAUUUCAGCCAUUACCGCUGAACCGGGAUUCAGGUAUCCCAGAGGAAGCCGGAGACAAAUUGUGGACACUCGUAAAGGAGAUAAAUAUCGUCUGAUAUCGGAAAGGACAACCUCCGGGUUAGAACCAAUCUAUGCUUACAGGAAAGGUUUGGGCAAAGUACCAGCUUAUAUCAUCAAACGGAAUAGAAUGAUCAAGGAAACGCAAGAACUAUUGGCCAAGUACAUUAAUGAAAAGGAACUUCAAGCUACAGACUACUUACUGACCGAUAAGCAGAGAGAGGAAUUGCUAACUGGACUCAAAGCAGCAUGGGACCGUUACAAUCGCAAAUAUUUGGGACUCGCGUCGAUCAACGAUACCUUGAAGGGUAAAGCGUACAAGGCCUUUUUGGAGAAACAAUUGGAUUCACUCAAAGAGGAUAUAGAACUGGUAGAGAGUCAUCGAUUUUUAUUUGUUGAAGCUGAGAAAGAUCCUUCUGGUGACGGACGGAAAGUGAUGAACCAUAUUUGCGUA